GAAACGAAUCCAUUUACACACUCUGGAGGGGGGCCUUGAACGACUCGUAUUCAUCCGUCAACGAAACGAACCAAGGAAAUAUAUUUAACCUUCCUAUCAACCUGAAGUCAAUUUUAGAGUAGCGCCAGGCCCCCUCCCAAAUAUUGACUGAAAAUAGUAGAUUUCUAGACUGAAUCAUGGCGGAUUCGAGCAACAGUGCUGCUUCGACUGGAGCUACAGGCUCGAAUACUGGUGCCGUCCGGGCUGUUGAGCCCGAGGGAGCUACUGGAGCUGCGGGGAUCAAGCCCGUUUUGGAGGUGGUAAAGGGGCAGAACUUUGACGUUGGCCCCCGCUAUGUCAACCUCUCGUACAUCGGGGAAGGGGCCUAUGGAAUGGUUUGCUCGGCCAAUGACGUCAUGACGGAUUCUCGCGUGGCCAUUAAGAAGAUCAGUCCAUUUGAGCAUCAGACGUACUGUCAGCGCACACUGAGGGAGAUCAAGAUCCUGCUGCGGUUCCGCCAUGAAAACAUCAUCGGCAUCAACGACAUCCUGAGGGCCCGCCGCAUCGAGUGCAUGAGGGACGUCUACAUAGUGCAGGACCUGAUGGAGACAGACCUGUACAAGCUCCUGAAGACCCAGAUGUUGAGCAACGACCACACCUGCUACUUCUUGUACCAGAUCCUGAGAGGCCUGAAGUACAUCCACUCUGCCAACGUGCUGCACCGUGACCUCAAGCCCUCCAACCUGCUCAUCAACACCACUUGCGACCUCAAGAUCUGUGACUUUGGGCUGGCACGGAUAGCUGACCCAGAGCAUGACCACACAGGCUUCCUGACAGAGUAUGUGGCUACGCGCUGGUACAGGGCUCCUGAGAUCAUGCUCAACUCCAAGGGCUACUCCAAGUCCAUUGAUAUCUGGUCAGUGGGCUGCAUCCUGGCUGAGAUGCUGUCCAACAGACCCAUCUUCCCUGGGAAGCACUACCUGGACCAGCUCAACCACAUACUGGGGAUCCUGGGCUCUCCCACUCCGGACGACCUGAACUGCAUCAUCAACAUGAAGGCCAGGAACUACCUGCAGUCUCUGCCUGAGAAACCCAAGAUCCCCUGGAACAAGCUGUUCCCCAAGGCGGACAGCAAGGCUCUGGACCUGCUGGGCCGCAUGUUGACCUUUAACCCUAUCAAGCGCAUCACGGUAGAGGAGGCCCUGGCUCAUCCCUAUCUGGAGCAGUACUACGACCCCACUGACGAGCCUGUAGCAGAGGAGCCGUUCACCUUCACCAUGGAGCUGGAUGACCUGCCUAAGGAGAAGCUGAAGGAGCUCAUCUUUGAGGAGACGUUCCGCUUCCAGGCCACCUACCAGGGCUCCUGAGACAUAGAAGUACACACACAUACAUACACUUACAUCACUCCAUAACGAUUACUAGAGCUUUGAAAAAGAUAGGGCAUUCUGGGCAUUCUGCUCACACAUGAAGACACUUUUAGCUGUGAUUUUUCUUUUGUCAUUUUCAUCUCCUGUUCAUUUGUGUUUCAGCUUUGAAGACAAGUGACAAAGCGAGUCUUGAAACCGUCUUGGAGUCUUGAAACAGGAAGACUCCAAACGACAAGAUACAAAAACAACAUAUAUACAGCAUACAAAAAAAGGACCAGAAACAUUUAACAGUUAGUAUUUUCUUAUAUAUAUAUUUUUAUUUCUAUCGCGGGGAAGUUGUGUUUUUUUGGUAGGGUGGACUGUUGUCUACUUAAAGGAAAGAUUCACCCAUUUUGAAUGUUAUUUUGUUUAUGUGCAUCUCAGCGACGUUCUAUUGAUUCCCGGGUUAUUUCAUGUGUAUCCUGAGCUAUUGCCAAUCAAACAGGCAGAAAUUCGGAUGGUAUGUCGUAGCAUUGUGAUAAAGCCGCUAUCACUACACUGUAAGUUAAUAGGAAUUUGACUGUUAGAUCGCAAAAACAUCUAUAAUACAUGUCAGAAUACUGGCUGAUGUCACACGGGAGGUUGUCUUCUCUCGAAUGAGCCAUUGAUCAUAUUUUUGUGAUUAUUCCUACCUCGAAAUGUGUAAUUAAACAGAGGAUCCACCACA